AUGUUAAGUUUAGUUGAUUAUACUGGAAGUGAUGACGAAGACAUUGAUGAAUCACAUAAUGAAGAAUGUAUUUAUGCGGAAGUAGUUUCAAAUCGCACGAAAAGUUCAACAUUUGCAAACAAGGACGAUAGAACGACAGAUGAAUUCAAAAGGCUAGGAGAUGUUGCUCUGAUCGAUGAUAUUACAAAUGCUGAAGAACAGCCAUCAAUAUUGACAAAUUUACCACCUGCGUUACCUUUGGCAGAUAAGCGCAUGGAAAAAGAAAGAGAUUUAGAAGAUUUGGUAAAACGAAAAGACUGGGAACUGAAAUUAGCAAAGAAAGCUGAAAGAAGACGCAAGCGUCAUCAUAAAAUUAGUACAAACAGAAGUUCGAAAAACUAUCGUGCAAGUAAAAGUUUGGUAGAUAACAAAAGCAAUUCAAAGAAACUGGUCGUUAUACAAGCUUUUAGUGGAUUGAAAGGCCUAGCUGGUGACGAAAAGCAAGGGAAGUCUGAUGAGCAACCGGCUCAUUUGAUGACAGCUUCCUCAUCAGCUAAUCUUCUUACGGUCUUACCUGAACCUAAGAAUGCUUCAAGAACCUCAAGAAAUUUAAGUCUUUUCACGCCUAACAAUACACAUUCUUCAGAAAAUGCUAAAAUGUCUAAAAUUGUCGUUGCCAGAGAAAUUUCGAAAGAAUCAAAAUUUACUAAAGAAAGUGAUGAUGGAUCUGAUGAAGAUCAUGAUUCAACAGACUUCUUUGGUCUCAAAGCAUUUGAUAAUCCUCCUGUAGUAUCGAAUAUUACAUCUGUUUCAAAUAUUUCAGAUGACAAAAAACUUGGCCAGGUCGGACUAACAAGUGAUGCAAAAGUUGGAAAUAAUAUAUUUGAAUUCGUUUCUAAUCCAGAAAUUAUUGCUGAGUGUUAUGAUACAUCUACCUCCACUACUUCGUCUGGAGUUAUUGAUGACAGUCAAGCUUUAUAUAUGAUUUAUUCACGUGAUAUUGCUCAUUUGGGUGGCACAGUUUCGAAUGCUGCUAAAGCCGUGGAAAAUAUAGUCGAUGUUAGUGUUGAUAAGGUCUUGGGUCCAAACGUUCGUUCGACACUUCUCAAAAAUCUUCAUAACAAAUCGCUUGCGGAAGCAACUUUAUCACAUCUUGCUAGCAUGCCAAAAAGCAAAGAUACUGUUAGCAUGCUGGCACGACGAAAACAUCAGAUCACAUAUCUUGCCAGUGUUGCAGUAGCCAGAGAAGAACAGCUUGCUGAGCAAUGGUCUGUGAAUCGACAUAACAAAAGAACGUCGGCAAGAAAAUAUGGAUUUUAA